GAAAUAUUUCACCGGGAGUGGAUUUUCAUGGCGAUGGCCAAGCGCGCGUUCGAUCCAAAGCUGCUCGAGUUCCUGGUGUGCCCGCUCAGCAAGACGGCUCUCAGGAAAUCGGCAUCGAAUCCUCGGAAGAAAAUAGAAUAUAGUGAGAAGAGACAGGAGCUCAUCAGCGACGAACUGGGCGUCGCAUAUCCGAUCAUCGAUGGAAUUCCUAAUCUGAUACCCCUGGACGGACGAAUUAUGGAAGAGACUGAGGAUAUCUCUCGCUCGGCUCGAGCACCGCAGGCUUCCGAGUAAAGUUUCUAGAUUCCUGGCUUGUUAGAAUGUCCACCAGGUGAAGGUCCCCGGUGUGGGUUGGGAUAGUCAGUAUGGAAGACUUGCUCAUCAAAGCUGCCUUCUUCGGAAAUCCAGCGAGACGAGUGAUAUAGCUGCAAACAGUUGAAAUUCAAACGAACUGUCAGGUGAUUUCCCUC